AUGUCACACAACAACGAAGAUAGACUUGACAGCUCAAAGCCUUUGGAUUCGAUCGCACCUUACCCCCAGCCACAGCCUGGAUUCAAGAGACACGCGAUUUAUGUGGAGCCAUUGCAGAAUGAGCAUGAUGCAAAGGUGGAGCUGGUCAUCGGCAAGACAAUGACAUUGGACGGCAAUAGACAUUGGCUGGGAGGUCAGCUCAAGGAGACUAACCUCGACGGCUGGGGCUACACCUACUACGUGCUGCCACAGGUGGUCGGACCAAUGUCCACCAUGAUGUUUGUGCAAGGUCCACCCACCGAGCAAUUCAUCACCAUCAACUCGCUCGAGCACAUCAGAUACAACAGUCGUUUGCCAAUCGUUGUCUACGCACCAGAGGAUAUGGAGGUCAAGUACCGCAUCUGGAAGCCAUCCGAGACAUUGUCGACUGCCCUCGUCAAGUAA